AUGUCUGGAAUCAAGGCCGGCGACGACUUCCCUCAGGGAGUCUUUUUCAGCUACAUUCAGCCCUCACCUGAAAUCGCCGAAUUCUCUACCUGCGGUGCCCCUACCAACUACAACGCUAGCGAGGAGUUCAAGAACAAGAAGGUCGUCCUUGUCUCCGUCCCUGGUGCUUUCACUCCCACUUGCAGUGGCUCUCAUGUUCCUUCUUACGUUGAGAACAUUGACAAGAUCAAGGCCAAGGGCGUCGACCAGGUCAUUCUCUUCAUGUCCGAUCACAAUGCCAAAUUCUCUAGCAGCAUCGGCUGGAACCUCGGUGAGAGAACGGGCCGCUUCGCUCUUAUCGUUGACCACGGCAAGGUCGUUUACGCCUCCAAGGAUGACGACCCCAAGAGCAUCGAGCAGUCUGGUGCCCUCGGUGUUCUCGCUCACCUGUAA